UAUAAAAAUCGGAGACGUGACUCAUGUGAAUUCAUCAGAGAGCCAAUAAGACGACUCCUCCACAAAUUAUCCUCCAUAAAGUAUCUCUUACUAGUUUCCCAUUUCGCUAACAUCAGAAUUCUUCACUCUAAUACAAAUUUCUUCUCCGAUCCAAAGUUGCGAAGAUGAACGAUGCAGAUGUAUCAAAGCAGAUCCAGCAGAUGGUUAGAUUCAUCCGUCAGGAAGCCGAAGAAAAAGCCAAUGAGAUCUCCGUCUCCGCAGAAGAAGAGUUCAACAUUGAGAAGUUGCAGUUAGUGGAAGCGGAGAAGAAGAAGAUCAGACAGGAAUAUGAGCGUAAGGAGAAACAAGUUGAUGUUCGCAAGAAAAUUGAGUACUCCAUGCAGCUCAAUGCCUCUCGAAUCAAGGUUCUUCAAGCUCAGGAUGACUUAGUCAGCUCCAUGAAUGAGGCAGCAUCAAAGGAACUUUUAAAUGUCAGCCAUCACCACAACCACCAUAUCUAUAAGAAGCUUCUGCAAGAUCUUAUUGUUCAGAGUUUACUCAGACUUAAAGAGCCUUCUGUCCUACUACGUUGUCGGGAAGAUGAUGUUUCCUUGGUAGAAGAUAUCUUGGAUGCAGCAAAGGAGGAGUAUGCAGGGAAGACUCAAGUUCACGCACCUGAGGUCAUAGUUGACCAGAUCUACCUUCCACCGGCUCCAUCACAGAACAAUGCUCAUGGCCGUUCCUGCGCUGGAGGAGUAGUCUUGGCUUCUCGAGAUGGAAAAAUUGUAUGUGAAAAUACACUUGACGCCAGAUUAGAAGUUGUGUUCCGUAAGAAGCUACCAGAGAUUCGCAAGUGUCUAUUCAGUCAAGUUGCUGUCUAAUGCAUGGGAAGCAUCAAUGUAUCUAUCACCUUUUGCUCGCGACUCUUGGGAUUCUGAAAAUGGCGCCUGAGCGGAUAAGUUAUUGUUGCUUUGUUCGUAUACUAUUUCCUUUUUCUGUGCCCUGUUGUGCUUAUACACUAUUAGAACACUGUAUUGGACUCGUGUUAAAGGGGUAUUUCUUCAACAUUUUAGCAUUAAGCAUAUGCAUUAUAUUUUCAUUUUCAAUGUUCCAACAAUAAGUGUAAGUUACUGGAACCCUGAGUUUGCUGGGUCGAGAGAAUAAAAUUUUUCGGAGUUGAUGGCUCUCCAUACUUUAUUAAUAGAAAA